AUGUGCCAAAAAGUGUUCUCCAGCAAGCACCCACUCUCUAGAGCUCGCAAGGCCCAGGCCCUUCUCUCAGUUAUUUCGUGGCCAUGCGCUCUCGCUGCCGUUUUUACGACUCGUGGCAGUCCUCAGGCAUGGGUUCAGCUUAUAGCGAUCACCACCUCCAGCAUAACGCCUGUAUUCAUGCUCUCCAGAUAUCGCAAGUCCGGAAGCCAGUCUUAUUCGCCACUUGAAAUCGCUAUUGAUGGCUCGAUGGCCUUGUUGCUGCUCGGAGUAUACAUUUCCGGAAUCUUCAUCCUUGCUUCCCGGGAGAUUGGCGAAUGGGCAGAUAUCUACAAUUACAAGCUUGCCCGUGGUAUCCCACAGGUUUACUCCAACCUCUCAUGCAUCCUCCUCAGUCUGUUAUACUUGCGCUCCUUUGCUCAGGGGCUCUUCCACAAAUGUAUCAAGCCUGUGUUCAAGGCCCGCCGUCUUAACUACACCCUUUGUCCAGCCUGUGAUCGGUCUGUCGACGCUCAUAUGACCCAGAGUCAGGAUGUGACGGCGGCGGGACAGGGAAGACCUUCUGUCUCGGCUGAUAGUCUGCAGACUUUAUAUACUGAUGAUAAUGAGUCCCAGCCGUUGCUACCUGAGAGCUCUAUAGGCAUGGAGGGUAAGUAG